AUGCGCCCAGCGGGCGAAGUGGAAGUCGCAGCACACCGGGUUCUCACUGGUGAACCUGUGCUCCCUGAAGCCAUUUACUUCGCAGACGAGAGGCAACCUGACACUCCAAUCCCAGCAACGCCAUCCCGCAUCUCUAUCAGAGAUAAGACGGGCGAAGAGGCUAGAUCUAGGAUUGGUUGGGGUCAGCGGCGAGACAUGGUCGCGUCCAUGCAUGACUCGGACACGUCGAAUAAGCCCAGCACAUUCAACUACGCUAUAAGUUUAGGAGAUUUCACCAAUGGUGAGCUAUGGAUUGAAGAUCCAACAGGACCUGUUUCUGCACAGGUACAAGGCAUCCGCAUGAAAGGAGAAUGCCACUGCCAAUAUGGCUAUAGUCUCAUUGACUAUCACAAGGCCCCGGUGGCAACGUUUCUCGGGUACUUUCUGACGUUGUACUUCCUCAGAGAUAAGGAAGGAGAGGAGGUCAUGCAGCGACUGUUAGAUCGAUGCAAGAUUGGUCGUGUGGACGAGAAAGGCACCACGCCGGUGUCACCCGCACAAAGGACAACCUUGAGGCAGAUGCUUUGGGAGGGGGAUGAACUUUCCCAUCAAGCUUUUGCGCCAUUUGGUGACAUCUUACGAUGGAUCCCAACUCAUUUGCAGUUGGCGGAUUGCCUGACGAAGUCCAUGAAACCUCAUCUUUUAACCGGAGUCAUCACGUCAAACGCCGUCAUCGUGUUGGCAGAUGCACCCACAGCGGUAGCAGUUCCGAUUGAGGAGGACGAUCAGGUAGAGCGUGAGGAACCGCCAGAGCCUUGGAACGCGUCUCUGGUCCUUGCCGCGCUGGAGAAACAGUUCAAGGUGAUGGGCAUUGGCGCUUUCACCUCUGUUUUCGGGAGGAAGGCUCACGCGGACUUGAUCGCGUACGAGAACCUUCGCUCCCAGCGCGCUCGGGAGAUUGACGAGCUCUACACUCGUCCUUUCGACGACAUCGUCGUGGAGGAGUUUAUCUCCAAUCUCCCUGGGCCGGUGAUCGAGGAGGUCGACGAGCCCAUGGAACAAGCUGGUGGCUCUGCUGAAGCUGCUCCGGCGGACUCUCCCUCUGGAGAGAUGGCUGGAGUGGAAGAGGCAAAACAGGAGCCUGAUUCCAGUGUGCCGAUGGAUACGGAUGUGCCUAUGGACACCGAUGUACCAGAAGGCUCUCCCUCUGGAGAGGUAUCUGGUACAAAGGAGGAGGAACCUGAAUCUACACAGGUCCCACCUGCGGCACAUCCUGACGACUCGCACAUGGAAACCAGCGAGACAGGCGACCACGCAACGGGAAGCUCUCCCUCUGGAGAGGCGCCCAUACCAGAGAUGAACUUCUCCGCUGAUGCCUCCAACGACCAAGACAACCUCUACGAGCAGGGCAUCUGGGGGAAGACAAAAACACGCGUGGAGCCUGGGGCUUACGAGGCAGAGGCCAAGGCCACAGCCGAGGCGGAGGAGAAGAAUGAGCAAGCCUUCGAACAGUAUUCGGGUGAAAAGGAGAAAGAAG